UUUAAAUAUAAUUUACAUUUGAAAUUCUUUGCAUAUCUGUGAAAUAUUCAAUGUGUUGCACUUGGGCGCCAGUUGUUUCAUGGUCGUUAGUGAAAUGGGUUUAACUAGAUCAGUGAGUUGCCACCGAUGUGCUAAUUGCUCUGGAUUCGGGCCUCAAAGACCCCUUUGGUCAAGUCAAACAAGUGGAAAGCGCAAGCAGCCGCCGCCAGAAGAAAGUGAGUGAGUUGAGGUGAGGUGUGAAAACCCAUGGCUGGCGGCUCAGUUCCCGGUUAGUUCUCGAACCGAACGGAAGCAAAAUGAGGCUGGAAAAUGUAAGCGUUUUUGUGGUCUGCCUAUACCUUAGCUGGUUGCAUUCGUGCUCCGGCGGGGGUCAUCUGAAACGCUUGAGCAGAUCGUUGAUCUUUCCGCCCACGAGUCCAACGCGUGUUCAGUUCAUCGGCGGCAUUGGCAUUCCCGUGGAGAAUCUGCACUUCGAGUCGGUGACCUCAGGCUAUGUGCUCAAGGCGGAGUACUUCCUGCCCACCAACUCCACGGAGAUAACAAGGGUCUACCUCAAGCCGAUGGCCAUCACUGGCAGAAGGGGGCUGGAGGAGGAGGAGGAGGAGUCCCCCUAUGGCAGCCUGUAUCGCUGGAUAAUUUACCGAGGCAUCGAGAUGGUCAUCGAGAACAUGGGCUUGCCCGGCAGAAGUUGCCUCCUGAGGUUGAUCUGCGAGCAUGCUGCCCUGCCGCUGAGCCACGAAAGCGGUUUGCUGGGCGAGAUCAUGGACAUUGUGCUCACGCCCUCCAGUUCGGUGGACCAGCUGGCACACAGUUCGGAUCGGGAGUACCACACAUCGGAGCACUUUGGCAAACGAGGUGGCGACUGCCAGGCGGCCUAUGCCAGCAGGUGCAAGAAGUCGCCCAUGGAACUCAUAAGCCUGCUGCUAGAAGUCAAUGAAUAAAGUACUUUUGUCUCAUCUCGAA